AUGCGAAAAGCUGCAGUUGUUGAGAAAGACUGGAUUCUGCAGAAACCUCUCGAAUGCUUCAUUGAAGACGAGGUUUUCUAAUUUAAAUUAGAGCGAAACAACUCAAACUUCAGGUUGAUUUGAAAAGAGGACAGUCAGCGCAACUUUGUCACCUUUUCAAGCAAGGAUGCGAAAGUGCGUACAUUGCCAGAUACCGAGGAGAUGUGCACGGCGGACUGCCUCCAGAAGAGAUCCGAAAAGCGAUGGAAGCAUAUUACAAUGCCGUCGAUCUGAACAAAAAAGUGAGCUCGGCUCUGACGACACUCACUGCGAAAGUGGAGGGAGUCAGUGAGAAGAAAGUGGUAGCCGAGCGAUUGAAAAACUGCGAAGACAUGCAAGAAGUCGGAGAAAUUUCGAAGGAGUUCUCUACGGGGACACGUAAAACCAAGGCCAGCAUUGCCAGGUUUGACUUUGACUGAAGAUUUGAUCUCGAAAAAUACAUUUUUGCAGAGAACUGGGACUGGAGCUUCCUGCAAAACUGAUUCUAGACCGGCAAUUCGUUGAUUCCAAAUCGUUCAUCUCGAACCAAAUGAAAAAAGAAAAGGACGUGAAAGAACAUCUCAAAAUUUGUCUGGCCGAUUUGAUGAACAGACACGAAGACGUCAAGAAGGUGGCUGCCAAAAUGUAAAAAGUUUCGUUAAACUCAGAAACACACUACUCGGUUCUUCAGAGCCAAAUUGGAGAUUAGAGCUGGAGGGCUAAAAGUGGAGGCGAAGCUCAGCAAAGAGGCAGCGAAAAAGAAGGAAAGUCAAGCGAUGGAAGCGCAUCUGAACAAGUACAAGGAUUACAUCGGAAAGAGCUGGAGUGCGCACGGCAUCAGAGACCAUCAGGUGUCCGCGCUGAACCGAGCUUCCGAGGAAGGCAUUCUGACUUGGUCGGCCAGUCUUCCGCUUGGAGAUGCGAAGCGAUUUCACCCGUUUGCCAACUGCCCAGUGCAUCCGGGAAUGCUCGGAUUUUUCCAGGAAUCGCUCACGUAUUCCAUCAACACUUAUUUCAUUCCGAAAGUUGAGAGAGCAGCGAAAAAGUUUCUGACUGAAAAGGCGAUAUCCAGAUCCAUCAUCUUGUUCGGGGAGAACGUCGAACAGCUGUUUGCCCAACAGGGAAUCCACGAGAAGUACGUUAUUGCUCUCGAUCCCGGAAGCGUUGUCAAAACCGCAUUUCUGAAGCCGUCUGGAGCAGUUAUCGCGAUGGACGAAUUCGGAAUCAAUAACAAGAACUUCAACCGAAAAGGCGUCGAACUUUUGAAAAAAUGGACUGCACAAACGGAAGGGAAGGGUAUCGUGUUCGCCGUCGGAAACGGAAGCAACACUUACAAUACACAAUGCGCCGUAUCCAGUAUGAUCGAAAACCGAGAGUUUCCCCCUGGGAUCGAAGUCACUUUCUGGUGAGACAAGGCUGGCGUACGGUCAUUUCCACAAAGUUUCUUUCAGUGUUGUUCCGGAGCACGGCGCCUCAAAGUACAGCUGCACACCGGCUGCUCAGGAGGAAUUCGGAGGAAAGGCUGACAUUAAGCAGAUUUCCGCUGUUUCCAUCGGCAGAAGACUCAUCGAUCCGAUGUCGGAAUAUGUGAAAAUCGAACCGCAACAUCUGGGAAAAGGACAAUACCAAUUGUCGGUCGAUGAGAAACAACUGAAGCAGAAGUUAGCAUUGGUAAUCAGAGACCGAGUUUCGCUAAUUGGAGCAGACUUGAACCAGGCGAGCAAGCAUUUGCUCCAGCACAUUUGCGGAUUGAAAACGGCGACAGCAGCAGGAAUUGUCAAAUAUCGAGAGGAGCACGGAGAAUUCAAAGCGAGAGACGAGCUGAAGAAGGUCAAAGGCAUCGGAGCAGUCGCUUUCCAGCAGUGCGCCGGCUUCCUGACCGUCUCGAAUCCUUCUCCGGAUUCCGCGGAACCGCCUACGAAACGUUCUAAACUGUCGAAUGAGAAAGUGAAGUGGUGUCCGUUGGACGGCACCAUUGUUCACCCGGAAGACUAUGGAACUGCUCAGAAGUAAGUUUGGGUUUGAAAUAUCUUUACCCUUUGUUCAUUGUUUCAGAAUGCUGAAGAAGUUAAACAUGAGCGUGGAAGAAAUUGUAAAUGGAAAGUCCGUCCCGUCCGUCACUUUGACUCCCGAAGAAACCAAAAUCCUGGAGCUGUUGACGACGAAACCGGAUCUGAAACCACCGCCGCCGCAAAUGAAAAGAGCCCGCGCCAUGAGAGACCUUCAAAUUGGUCAACGGUUCACGGGCGUCGUCGCAAACAAAGUGCUACAUCGUCUAAUUUUCACAAUAAUAACAUUUUUUCAGACUGAUUUCGGCGUUUUCGUCGAUAUCGGCGUUGAAAAUGACGGGCUGGUGCACAUCAGCUGCUUCCGGAAUGGCCAUCGUUCGGGACCACCCGAGAGGGAUCUUCUUCCGCACGUCGGCGACGUCAUUGAAGUAGUCAUCGAUCGACUCAACAAUAAUAAGAUUGCUCUGAAGCCUGCCCACUAA